AUGAGCUCUCCACCGGACCAGGCCAAUGGGUCGCGGCCAGAAACCGACCCAGGCUCGUCGUACCAUGAACAUUAUCAUGGCUUACAGACUGGUUCAUAUACAGAUAAGCAGUUGCGUCAUGCUUCUGCCAACCAUCUGCAUAUGACGAACCGGCGGUUUUUCGUCGGUCCAAUCCCGGAAGGCUGGCUGCAAGGUCAUCGCAAGUCCUGGUAUAAGUCUCGACUAAAAAUCAGAAACUAUACAUCGCAGACCGUCUCGUUUUCUGCGGGCCCUGUUGCGACCCAUUACGACGAACAUGGCGAUCGGCCUGGCCCAUUGUCACCUGAUUUGGAUGAAGAGGUUGCCCUGGCCCUAACCAACACAAACACGGAAGCUGUCGAGGGGCAAUAUGAUGAGAUUGAAACAGAGGCACAAGAAGUAGCUGCAGCAGAGCCUGUGGGGGAGCUCAGGACCCUAACUCACCCUGAAGCCGAGGCCAGCGGUGACGAUCCCUCACCGGAAGAGGAUACAGAGACUAGAGAUCAUAGCGGAGAAGACAUCGGAGAGUAUAGCGAAGGUGAUAACGGAGGGGAUGGUGGAGGGGAUAGCGGAGAGGAUACAGACAGCACACCUAAAGCCAGAACAAGGGGGCAGUACGACACAUACGGCAAUGAUCUUGGUUCAUCGUCGUUUGUCACCGCCAGAGAAGAGGUCGCCAGCUCUGCAGACACGGGACAAUCAGUAGCUACCAUACGAGCUAGCAGAUUGGAACCGGCUGAACUGCGACCGAAGUCCCCAGGCUCACAUAACACAAAUUUGACUGGUCAUUCUUCUCCCAAUCGUCCAAUCACCAAUCCAUCCACGGCUCCAAGCGAGGCCGAUUCAACAACACAGUUGCUUCGAGACAACUACAAGGACAAAGGGAAGCAGAAAAGCAAGGCAUCUGGCGUAUCUAGAGCAACGCUUCAGCAACACGACCCACAGGAUGAAGGUGAUACUGGUGCGGAUGCGCAAACCCAACGGAGAGUCACUAAGAAGAUGGCAAAAUUCAACGUGGAUGAUAAAAUCAGACACAAGCAGCAAAAGAUGCGCUCCAAAAUAGCAAAGACCCAGGGUACAAUAUCUGCCAAUCGACCUCACCGACGAAAAGUGCAAGAUGGAGAGAUUGUCAAAGCAGAGAAGAUGCUGGUCUGCGUAGAGGAGACUCUACAGGACACGCUUCCCGCUGAUUACACUGAGAACGACAGCCUGCGCAUGGAAACACGGACAGUGGACAAAUGGAGGGAGUUCCUCGUCGUAUGCCGCAAAAGCUCUGCAGAGCAUACGCCGUUUGCCAUUCAGAUGUACCGCACUCGUGUAAUUCCUGAUGUGCAACGUCCGAACAGCAAAACGCCUCCUUAUUACGAAGUACGGCUCAAUCACAAGGGUACCCAUGUUAACUUCUAUUCCCCUCUUGACAAGACCAUUGUUAUUUGGCAUCCCCGCAAGCAUGGAACCAAAAUAUUUAUCCUUCGUCCAAAGUCUGCGGCACACUCUGCUGAAUGGUACACUUUCAUUCGCCAGGUGCUUGGAUGGCGCCGUCCCACCUCACUCCCUAUUCACGUCCCUGAUCUGGGGGUUUCCCUCAUUUUCAAAAAUCCUUUCAGCCAGCUUGAGGCAGAACUAAAAGCAGAUAAUUCUGAUAAUGAGCACCUAGCAGCAGCUGCGGACCGGCCAGCAGUCGAUAACAGAUUUGCUGCCGCUACCAUCAUCCGAGGAUGUAUGGAUAUGCUCGAAGGACGUGCCGAGUGGGCCGAGGUCUUGAAAGCUUGGUCCAAGACCGAGAAGAUGGGGCUCGCUUGGAAGCGGUACGACCGACUUGAAUGGGUAUUUGGAGUCAAUGAGGAAAAGAUGUACGGGGCCAUGGGGAUGCAAUCCUCUCACGAGCUUGAGUUACGGCCAAGGCAUCAUUACUCUACUAAAACUAGGCAUCGGGGCAUACAGGAGGAGCCUGCUCCGAUCGAAGGAUUUCUAGUCCGUCUCACAUCCCAGAAGGGUGUGCAUCAGCGAAUGAACAAGAUGUUCUUCAAACGGCUGCAUUCCCCCGCCACCGCCGAAAUGUGCUCCCCAGAAGACGGAAGUGUACCAACUGCGCGUGAAAUCUUGGAUCAAAUGCCGCUCUCCUGGGAUGUCAAUCCUUAUCCACUUGAAAAUGGCGAGAUUACAUGGCUCUCCAGUGGCAACCGGGAAUUUGUCAAACGGCACGAUGAAGAAGCUUACGCGCACGUGCAGAGGAAUGUACACAAUAUCAGCCAGGCAGACGGGUAUAUCGACAUGUGUCGGGUGAAAGAAGUCCGCGAUGUCUAUCGAGGUAGCUGCCCUGCAGACCCCAAUAUCCGGGAAGGACCUUCUGUGGACUUCAAUCAUGAACCCAGAGACUCACGACAAGAUGACGGAGCAACGCGAGAGUUCGACGACGAUAGGACAUUUGAGAUGGUUCUCGAUAAUGGCCUUGUCAUUCGACUCCAGGCAUACGAUGCUGCCACACGGGGUGAAUGGGUCAAACGACUCGAUGCACUUGUCAAGUAUUGGCACGCUCGCUGCACAGACGAUGCCACGGAGCUACAGGCCGUACGGCAGCGCAACAUCAAGCUGUUGGAUAUUGACGAAGCUAUGGAAUCCGUUGUCGGGCAGUUCGCGAAGAAGUGGGAAGUGAAGAAAGCUGAGGCAUCUCCACAUUUGCACAACAUGUGUUCGCUGUCUGGUUGUCGGACUAUCAAGAUGUCCGGCCACCUCUAUCGCAAGCCCCGUCGUCACACUACUUUCCACCAAUGCGAUGUCAUCCUCACAGCAGGCAAGCUGUUAAUUUUCCGGAGCACACUGCGUAGGCGAAACGGCACCGAGAUUCCACACAUUCAUCAAGAACAUGAAACGACCAUCGAGCUCGAAGAUUGCUAUAUUUAUUCUGGUUUGAUUACUGAGAACGACUUGCUGUAUGCCAACCAGACAUUCGACAGCAACAACCCCGGUCUUCAUGCUCUGCCACGGGUGUACCUCGAUUCAGACGCCUUCACAAGUCGCGAUGAGGACACUGCUAUCACCUUCGUGGUCUGGCAACCGUUGAGUAAGAGUUACUUCCGAGCCCAGGAAAUAGGGGAGCAAGGCAAAGCCAAACGAUCCUUGCGUCAUGUGUCCACGCUGGGCAAGCAUGGCCGUACUAUCGUGUUUAAAGCACGUAGUCGAGUGGAAAAGGACCGUUGGGUGAUGAGCAUUUCCUCGGAAAUUGACCGUCUCCAGGAGGAGAAACAUGAAGACAUACGGCUUGUUUCUCCAUAA